CUUUUCCGCACCGUAUCAACACUGGUACGUGUUUUGCCUACUUCUUGUAUUAAUCUCUAAAAAUCUCCCUAUUAUCUUAUAGUUAAAAUUCAAUUUUAUGGGGAAAUGAUAGUUUUGAUAAUUGUCAAUUAUUACAUAUUUCAUAUUGGAAUACUUAUUUUCAGAAAAUGGUGCAACGAUUAACGUUUAGAAGGCGCCUCAGCUACAACACUAAAUCUAACAGAAGAAAGAUCGUUAAGACUCCAGGCGGUCGACUCGUUUAUCACUACAAGAAGAAGCCGGGUACCCUCCCAAAAUGCGGUGACUGUAAAGUUAAAUUGCAUGGUAUCACACCAAGCAGACCGAUGGAGAGACAGUCGAUGACAAAGCGUCUAAAGACCGUUUCUAGAGUUUACGGUGGAUCUAGAUGCCAUCAUUGCGUACGAAACAGAAUUGUCCGAGCUUUUUUGAUUGAAGAACAAAAGAUUGUCGUAAAAGUUAUCAAAGCUCAGCAGAAAUCGCAAGGAACGUCUUCAAAAAAGAAAAAAUGUGAAAGGGCCGUUAUCAUUAUUACACUUAUUCUUAUAGCCUGUCUGCAACAAUAUUCGUCAAGACACCCCCAUAUUAAACGAAAGCAAUACGUUGAUAAUGAAAAUACAGCUCCGGAGGUUCUAUUUUUAAUUAAACGUUUAAAUUCCCAAAUGGCAGCAUGGAAGGUCAAUGAAGGUUAUUCGAAAAACAAAAUGGCGAGUGCAAAGAACUUUUCGAUGAAACUUGCGAAAAAUAUCUUGAAACCGGCUUUUCUUCAAAGCCGAUUUGCUGCUACUGUAGCACCUCGCAUGAAGACCUUUAAAAUCUAUCGAUACGAUCCUGACAAGCCUGGUAGCAAACCUUAUAUGUCUACAUAUGAAAUUGAUUUGAAUACUUGUGGCCCUAUGGUGUUGGAUGCACUUAUAAAGAUCAAAAAUGAUGUAGAUCCAACUCUGACGUUCCGAAGAUCUUGCAGAGAGGGAAUCUGCGGCUCUUGCUCUAUGAAUAUCGAAGGAGGAAAUACUUUAGCUUGUCUUUGCCCGAUAACAGAGCCUUCGAAGACGACAAAAAUUUACCCUCUUCCCCAUAUGUAUGUUGUAAAAGAUCUUGUUCCUGACAUGAAUAACUUCUAUGCUCAGUACAAGUAUAUCGAACCUUACUUAAAGAAGAAGGACGCGAAAGAAGCUGGUGAGGAACCCUACUUCCAAAGUCCUGAAGAUAGAGCUAAAUUGGACGGCAUGUACGAAUGUAUUCUUUGUGCUUGUUGUUCUACUGCUUGUCCAUCUUACUGGUGGAACGGUGACAAGUACCUAGGACCCGCCGUUAUUAUGCAGGCAUACAGAUGGAUCAUGGACUCUAGAGAUGACUUCACUAAGGAAAGAUUGGAAAAAUUGGAUGAUAAGUGGUCGAUGUAUAGAUGUCACACAAUUAUGAAUUGCACUAAAACCUGCCCAAAACACUUAAAUCCUGGAGCAGCCAUAGGCGAAUUAAAGAAACUUAUGAUGGGUUCGAAAUCUGAAGGUAUCCCUUAUCAGAACUGA